AGACUCCGAGUCUUAUCCAAAGCAAAUUCCUUACAUCCGUAUAUCGCUCACUCCCUCUCCCUCUGCUUCUCGCGGAGCUUUCAAUCUUCGAUUGUUUCUGGAAAAUAGAUAGAGAUAGUAAUGUGCAUUUUAUAUGUUCAGAGGAAGAUUAGAAGAUACUCAAGAGCAUGGCAGUAGCUACAUAUUGUUUCACUUCACCUUGCCAUGACCGUAUUCGAUUUUUCUCUGGAGUUACAAGUUUUGAUGGUAGGCUUCUAAGGAAGAGGAUCAAUGGCACAUUCUUGGUCAAGAUUUUACCCCCUUCCCAAAAUGCUGAUCUAAGAACAACUUCGAGAUCCUCACGUCCCUUAUCUGGAUUCAGGUCAGGAACCUCUAAGGGAGUAUUUGAUAUUGUGGCAUUAACAUCAAGGAAUGCACUGAAAGAGCUGAGCACUCCAAUGGUGUUAAAGCUAGUGGGUGUUUUAGCGUGCGCAUUCCUCAUAGUUCCAUCUGCAGACGCAGUUGACGCACUCAAAACUUGUGCAUGCUUGCUAAAGGGAUGCAGGAUAGAACUCGCAAAGUGCAUUGCCAACCCUUCCUGCGCAGCCAAUGUCGCCUGCCUCCAGACCUGUAAUAAUCGUCCAGAUGAAACCGAGUGCCAGAUCAAAUGUGGGGAUCUAUUCGAGAACAAAGUAGUUGAUGAGUUCAACGAGUGUGCUGUGUCGAGAAAAAAGUGUGUUCCUCAAAAAUCUGAUCUCGGAGAAUUUCCUGUCCCUGACCCUUCUGUUCUUGUCAAGAACUUCAACAUCAGUGACUUUAAUGGCAAGUGGUACAUUACAAGUGGCUUGAAUCCAACCUUUGACACAUUCGACUGCCAGCGGCAUGAGUUCCACGCAGAUGGUGACAAGCUUGUUGGAAACAUCUCCUGGAGAAUAAAGACCCUAGACAGCGGAUUCUUUACAAGGUCAGCUGUACAAAAAUUCGUGCAAGAUCCUAACCAACCUGCUAUUCUCUACAAUCAUGACAAUGAGUACCUUCACUAUCAAGAUGACUGGUAUAUCCUGUCAUCAAAGGUAGAGAAUAAACCAGACGACUACAUUUUUGUGUACUACCGUGGGCGAAACGAUGCUUGGGAUGGAUAUGGUGGUGCGGUUGUGUACACGAGAAGUGCAGUAUUACCCAAUAGCAUUGUACCAGAACUUGAAAAGGCAGCAAAAAGCAUAGGCAGAGACUUCAGCACAUUCGUGAGAACGGAUAACACCUGUGGUCCUGAACCUCCGCUGGUGGAGAGAUUUGAGAAGACAGUGGAAGAAGGAGAAAAGAUAAUCGUAAAAGAGGUUGAGGAGAUAGAAGAGGAAGUGGAGAAGGAAGUGGAGAAAGUCGGUAAGACAGAGAUGACCUUGUUCCAGAGAUUGGCUGAAGGAUUUAACGAACUAAAACAAGACGAGGAGAAUUUCCUAAGAGGAUUAAGUGAAGAAGAGAUGGAGUUGUUGAAUGAGCUCAAAAUGGAAGCAAGCGAGGUUGAAAAAUUGUUUGGAAAAUCUUUGCCGAUUAGGAAGGUCAGGUAAACGAAGAAGAACCAUCAUUGUUAUACAUACUGUUGUUCAGUUCAUCACAUAAGGGAAUAUAUAUAUAUUUGUAAAAACAUUCUUCAUUCAAUAACAGUUGGAUACAGAACACGAAA